AUGAACCGAUUAAGCGAUCAUAAAGCAGUCGUCGAGGCAUUCUUCCAGGUGCGUCUGGAAGAAAUUCAGGCCAGUGAGCUCGUCACGGUAUUGGGGACUAAGAAAGCCACCAGACCCAAACUGCUUAUUCUUUCCCGUCCACUUGCCGCAUCCGGCAACUUGGCUGGUCAUGCCUGGAUCUUGAAUCUCGUUAAAAUGGAAAAGGACAAUCGUCCCAAAAUCAAACAGGCCUUUGCCGCGGACCGUCUCAUGGAUAUCACGCACAACGGCAGCUUUGAUGCAACCUUUAAUUUCGGGGCAAGUGGGAUGCUCUCAGUAAGCUUUGGGUCGAAAAUCCAACGGGAUAUGUUUUUAGCUUCUCUGAAACGAUUUAAUGAAAUGAAAAGUCGAACAUCACAUAGUAUUUCUCAAAUGGAUGGACAGAAAGACGUGGAUUUUAUUCAUGGUGUGUUAUCGCCAGCUUUCGGGAGUGAAGUGGAUACAGAUGCAGGGUCUCGGGUACGCAAGCCGUACCAAGAGAAACGACGGGUAUUUUCUACUGAAGAAGAACAACACUUAUUAAAAAUUUUGCAUGAAGGUGACUUCGAUGACAUUAAGGGCUUUCAAGAGAAACUGUUCAGCUCUCAAAAGAGAGCGGAGCUUGCGGCGUUGAACCAGUUGGUGACCUCUGUGGCAUCAUGGGAUGAUAUGCGAAAUAAAGUCAUGAAUCUUAUCCACGAUGUAGAAAGUCUGGAAGGCUGCAUUGAGCAGUUUUCCUCAAACUUGCUUUGCAAAAAAGCAGUGAUUCAGGAAAUCGAGCACGCCAACAACGCGCUUCGCUGUAGACAACAAAAUCUUAGACAACUGCAUGUGAUUGUGACCGAGUUGCGGGACCAACUGAGCCUUAAGCCUACGGCACAGGCCUUGCUAAAGCGUUUUCAAAGUGAACCGGACUCGAAUCUCAUUAAUUUUUUUGCGGAAGAUGGCAAUGCCGAGACCUUAAGCGAUGCCAUGAAACACAUGCAGCGAAUUUUACAGAACCCCCAGUUGGAUUCCGACUACCCCAUCGCGGCCGUCAGCGAGCGUAAAGCAUUUUUCAUCGAACAAAGGCUCAUGGUUGCUCAACGCUCUCGCGUCUACAUAUUUUCCAUCAUUGAUGCUUACAAAAAGCAAUAUUUAUCUGAUCGAAUGCGCUUUAGCGGCGAAGAUCGUCUUGUAUGGCGCUUACACACUGAGCUUACCCUAAAACUCUUUAGAAUAAAUGACAUUAUUCAAUCCCUUUCGCGCAUUGACAUGGAAGGCUUUGCAAGUACGCUGCGUAAGUACCGUACUGGGAUGCAAGAGGUGUAUCAUGUAGAAAUUCAUCAAUACUUCAAGGGACUACGCAAACAAAUCAAGAAGGCCAAUUCAUCAUCGGGCCUCUUUCUUUUGGGAUCCUCUGAGAAGAAAACAGAGGGUAUCUCAAUUAGUAUGGAACUCAACCAGACUAGUGGAGCCCCGCCUAUGUGGCGAGGUACACCCCUGGCAUCCCCUGCCCUUACGCCUAGAAGGUCAAGCUGGGACGACAGCGCUAACGGUAGUAUUCAAUCCUCAUUUGAAACCAGGAAUGAUGAGCGGGAUCACACCCUUUACAUCGAGUUUCCUUCUUCAACUAUUCUCAACGGCAUAGUUCUAUACCCCAACUGUACUAUUCACAGGAGCACUGACUCUAAAACAAAACUGUCGUGUGUAAUUCAUUGCCCGUAUAAACUUGUCCGGCCAAAUCUGGCCUUUGCGAUUGCUUUGGAGUCAACCAUAGCGUGCAUUUUGUACGAGGAAUCUAUUAUAAAUAACUGCUUCGGCAUUACCGAGGCAAGCCCCUCUACGUGUGGCACCGCUGUCUCCGUCGAAGUGGAGUCCACUAAGACACCGAUUAUUCAUAGCACUUCAAGCAGCUUUUCGGCCUUUGAAAGCAAUGUGCAAAUCUUUGAUAAGGCCGCUAAAGACGAAACAAGCGCAUCAGGGAAGCAACAGGAAGAUGCUGAUCUAUUUAUUGAGUCCCUUGUAGAGGUGUUCGGAACUGACAUCACGCGAAUUCCGAUGGAACCCCUAACAUCACCGAGGGGGGAUGCACUUUUGACGUCCGAUUUGAAGAGGUCGUCCGUGAGGUCGGACUUGGGUCUUCCACCGCGCCACCCGGGCUCAUCAAACCUAAGCUCCUUGAAUGAUUCCCUUAGUCAUCGCGGCCUCACCAGGGAAACCGAUAGUAUCACUUUCCAAGCCAGUCAUACGAGCAUUACCACCAAUCACGUCUGGACUCCUCAGCUCAUCCGAAAAAUUCACAGUUGUUUUCUCGCGACGGAGCUUAUCAAUUUCGCCCGGUUCCUUGCGGAUAAGUGUGACCGAAUGUACGCCAUUGCCGCCCUUUGCGCAAUCCAGGCCUACCUUCGCCAUCCCAGUAAGCUGAUGGGAAGGAGCACCUUUUGCCAAUGCGUGCUGCGCGAUCUCGAGAAGAUCAUGAAGGGCACGGUCAUGCGUUUAGUGGCGGAGCAAACGGAAUCCAUCACUGGGUGCCGCCGGCGCUAUAUGAUCCGACCCACGGCGCUCCUUCAUUGCUUUUCGAAGAUGCCGACUUUUAUUCUGCGAAUGGAGGACCUACACAACAGCCUUUCGGACGAAGGGCGUGAUCGUACGCAGUACGCCUCGAUCGUGACGAGCCUGGUUGAUCAGUCGUUCGAAGCGCUGGAUGCGGUGACCGCGCUGAAAUCGACGGGCAGCACCGCAAGCCAGGACUCCAAACUAAACCUCCUAGAACUGCUCGAGAAGAAGGUUCACAGCGUGAUGGACCGCUUAAACAGCGAUGAGAAUAAAACCUUAAAACGUAAUUUCAUUCAACAAUAUCGACAUCACGCCUUCUUUUGCGCUUUUUAUGUGGCGCUCCCAUCGGGUAGUUAUGCUGCGGAGCUGUUGCGGGAAUACUACAAGUCUUCAAAGGCUAAGCGGAGCUUCUACAUGGACCUUUACCUGACGCGUGUGCUUCUUGUGAAGGACUUCCCCAAUUUUGGAGUGUUUAUUCUUUCCGCUGAAGACCUUUCAAAUGCUUACUCAGAGGAUGAGCUUCGACAUCACCGAACGCUAACCGUGGAAGCGGUGAAAAAAGUGUUCGAUAAGCUUGAUAAGGAAUUCUGCACUGGUGUCAAGUCGAGUGCAACGAGAAUGAAAAAACACUUUUUGCGCGAGGUCGUCUCCGGUAGUAAUGAGGAAUCAUUUCACCGUACACUGUUGCAGCGCACGUGGCAAAAAUUUUCAAUGCUAAUUCUACGAAAGUACGACUUUCUCAUGAAUUUACUUGAAAAGCAUAAUUAUACUGGCCUUACGGCACCAAUCACCCGCGAUGAGGUGAUUAAACUACUGUCUUCUUUUUAG